AUGGAUCGCAUAGCACAGCAAUAUCGUAAUGGCAAAAGAGACAAUAACGGCAAUAGAAUGGCUUCUUCCGCUAUAUCGGAAAAGGGCCACAUACAAGUCAAUCAAACUAGAACACCUGGUCAAAUGCCCGUCUAUAGAGGUGAAACUAUAAAUCUGUCUAACCUUCCCCAAAAUCAAAUUAAACCGUGCAAAGAUUUGGACGACGUUAACAUACGGCGGAACAACUCUAAUAGGCAUUCUAAAAUACUUUUACUAGAUCUGUGCGCUGGCCCCAAUACCAACUCAUUUUUAGGCAAUACCAAUGCUAAGGAUAUCACAGUUUUAUCGUUGCCGCUACCCAGCACUUUGGUGAAAAGGUCGAACUACCCGUUCGAGAACUUACUAAAGAAUUACCUUGGAUCUGAUGAAAAGUAUAUUGAGUUCACAAAGAUCAUCAAAGAUUAUGAUAUUUUCAUUUUCAGUGAUUCGUUUAGCAGAAUUUCGAGUUGUUUAAAGACAACUUUUUGCCUCAUUGAGAAGUUUAAAAAGUUCAUCUGCCAUUUUUUUCCAUCUCCUUAUUUGAAAUUCUUUCUUCUCGAAGGCUCUCUGAAUGAUAGCAAGGCCCCCUCAUUAGGAAAAAAUAAGAAAAAUUGCAUCUUGCCCAAAUUGGAUUUGAACUUGAAUGUAAACUUAACUUCAAGGUCAACUUUAAAUUUAAGAAUAAACAUACCUCCACCCAAUGAUUCAAAUAAAAUAUUUUUACAGUCUCUGAAAAAGGAUCUAAUUCAUUAUUCUCCUAAUUCUUUGCAAAAGUUUUUCCAAUUCAAUAUGCCUGCUGACUUAGCACCUAACGACACGAUUUUACCGAAUUGGCUAAAAUUCUGCUCCGUAAAAGAAAAUGAAAAGGUAAUAUUAAAGAAACUCUUUAACAAUUUUGAAACUUUAGAAAAUUUUGAAAUGCAAAGAUUAGAGAAAUGCCUGAAAUUCAAGAAAAAGCCUUUACAUCAAAAGCAGCUAUCACAAAAGCAGAGGGGUCCGCAAUCCACGGAUGAUUCAAAAUUAUAUUCUUUAACUAGUUUGCAACGACAGUAUAAAAGUUCUUUGAAAAGCAACAUACAGAAAAAUCAAAAGCUAAAAUUAAUUAUACCAAAAAACAACACAUCUUCUUCGCCAUCACCAUUAUCUUCCGAUGAUACUAUAAUGUCACCAAUAAAUGAUUACGAACUUACUGAAGGAAUUCAGUCUUUUACUAAGAAUAGAUAUUCUAAUAUCUUACCUUACGAACAUUCAAGAGUAAAGUUACCUCACUCCCCGAAACCACCUGCAGUUUCUGAAGCAUCCACAACCGAAACUAAAACAGAUAAGUCAUAUCCGAUGUGUCCCGUAGAUGCAAAAAACCACUCCUGCAAACCGAACGACUAUAUCAAUGCGAACUAUUUGAAGCUCACGCAAAUUAAUCCUGAUUUCAAGUAUAUUGCUACCCAAGCUCCGCUUCCUUCUACGAUGGAUGAUUUUUGGAAGGUUAUUACUUUAAAUAAAGUUAAAGUAAUAAUAUCAUUGAAUUCUGACGAUGAAUUGAAUUUAAGAAAAUGGGAUAUUUACUGGAAUAAUCUGUCAUAUUCCAACCACACUAUCAAACUUCAGAACACCUGGGAGAAUAUUUGCAAUAUUAAUGGCUGUGUUCUCAGAGUCUUUCAAGUCAAGAAAACAGCUCCACAAAAUGAUAAUAUCAGUCAAGAUUGUGACCUUCCGCAUAAUGGUGACCUUACUUCCAUUACCAUGGCUGUAUCCGAGCCGUUUAUUGUUUACCAAUUACAAUACAAGAAUUGGUUAGAUUCAUGCGGCGUAGAUAUGAAUGACAUCAUUAAACUACACAAAGUCAAAAAUUCGUUAUUGUUUAACCCGCAAAGUUUUAUUACAAGCCUCGAAAAGGAUGUUUGCAAGCCUGAUUUGAUAGAUGAUAAUAAUAGUGAGUUACAUCUCGAUACAGCAAAUUCAUCGCCACUAUUAGUCCAUUGUUCUGCAGGGUGUGGAAGAACAGGUGUUUUCGUUACCUUGGAUUUCCUACUAAGUAUUCUUUCACCUACAACAAAUCACUCAAACAAGAUUGAUGUUUGGAAUAUGACUCAGGACCUUAUCUUUAUCAUAGUGAAUGAAUUAAGAAAGCAAAGGAUUUCAAUGGUACAGAAUCUAACUCAAUAUAUCGCUUGUUAUGAGGCAUUAUUAAAUUAUUUUGCCCUGCAAAAGCAGAUAAAGAACGCGUUACCUUGUUAA